GAUAUAGGGGAAAUCAUCGGGAGCAAACAUUGGGAGAGGGGUUGUGUGAAUUGUCGGAGGAUGAGAGCUUGGGAGAGAAAAAAAAUCCACACCUCUUCACUACAGGAUGUUCUGAAUCAACAGCUUUCAGUAACCUUUUCCCGAUGGCCCAAUGCAGUGUCCUCGUUCUUCUACUUCUGACUCCAAAGGUCUUUCGAUGUGGAGCUGAAGAUAAAGACAAUCCAGGCCAGUUUCAGUGUGUCUGUGAGGACAAUUCAUGUGGGAGGCCAGUAUGCUACGGCCAGUCAUGUUUUGCUUCAGUUACACAAAACGGAGAAGUUCCUGUGUACAGGAAAGGUUGCUUCAACGACGAUCAAAGUGGACUUAUGUGCAAGACCCUCCCCUCUGAAACCCAAGUAGUGCAGUGUUGCAAUGGAAACCUGUGCAAUAGGAAUAUUACGGCAAUGCCACUUCUUUCUCAAGCACCAGAAGGAGAGCCAAUUGAGUACAGUGCAGAGACGCUGAUCAUUUUUGCUGUUAGUACAGUCAUAGUGCUGAUCGUUUUGUCGCUUGUUGCUGUCCUGAUUUGUCGGAAAAUUCACCGCAAUAGGAUGGAGCGGCUACAUGCUCAUGAUGCCGAAAAUGGAGCAAUUGAUGGCCUUAUAGCUUCCAAUGUGGGAGAUAGUACACUUGCGGAUUUGCUUGAUCAUUCGUGUACGUCAGGCAGUGGAUCAGGUUUGCCAUUUCUGGUCCAACGCACAGUUGCCAGACAGAUUACCCUGGUGGAAUGUGUAGGAAAGGGUCGUUAUGGCGAAGUUUGGAGAGGCCAGUGGCAAGGUGAAAAUGUUGCUGUAAAAAUCUUCUCAUCUCGAGAUGAAAAGUCCUGGUUUCGAGAGACGGAAAUUUAUAAUACGGUUCUUCUUCGUCACGAGAAUAUCUUGGGUUUCAUUGCGUCAGAUAUGACUUCGAGGAAUUCGAGCACUCAGCUGUGGCUCAUCACUCAUUAUCAUGAAAAUGGUUCACUUUACGACUACUUGCAACGUAACACAGUGGACACUGUGGUCUGCCUCAAUUUUGCCUUGUCUAUCGCCAACGGACUGGUACACCUCCACAAUGAAAUUUUUGGAACUGAGGGAAAACCUGCAAUUGCUCACAGGGAUUUGAAAAGCAAAAAUAUCUUAGUUAAAAAAAAUCUGCACUGUUGCAUUGCUGAUCUUGGAUUAGCAGUGAUGCAUUCACAAACCAAUAAUCAAUUAGAUGUUGGAAAUAAUCCGAAAGUGGGCACCAAACGUUACAUGGCUCCAGAGGUACUUGAUGAAUCUAUUCAAGUUGACUGCUUUGAUGCCUACAAACGUGUGGACAUCUGGGCAUUUGGACUUGUUUUGUGGGAAGUAACGAGAAGAACAUUCAGUAACGGGAUUGCAGAAGAAUAUAAACCUCCAUUCUAUGAUCUGGUACCGAAUGACCCUAGCUUUGAAGAUAUGCGAAAAAUUGUAUGUGUGGAACAGCAAAGACCAAAUAUCCCUAACAGAUGGUUCUCUGACCCAACUUUGUCUGCUCUUGCCAAGCUGAUGAAGGAGUGCUGGUACCAAAACCCUUCUGCGCGACUCACUGCAUUACGUAUCAAAAAGACUUUGGGGAAAAUAAGCAACUCAUUAGAGAAGGUGAAAAUGGACUGCUGAUUGGAAAGGAGAACCAAUAAUCUAUCACUAUCGACAAAUACGAGGUCUGCUGCAUAGGGUGAAAAGCAGACCUCAGGCUGCUCAGUGUUCGCUUUUUACAGUCGAACAUACAGCAGUAACCGUGGGCAACUAGGGCACCGUGGUUUAAUGGCAGAUGAAUCGAUGCCUGUGACCAGACCAAUCACUCAACCAUGCCUGUUCCUCCUGAUACAUAUAGGCAGUGGUUGCAUCUUCACUGGCCACACUCUAAUUUGAGUUCUAUUUGGAAGGGGAAGUUUUGCACUAAAUAUUUUUGUUUUUGCAUUGCUGUACAAUUAUCAAGUAGGCUGCAAAUAGCCCUGACCUGUGUAUUUAUAUUCCGUCUGUAAAAUAGCAUGCAGCUUUUCAUUCUGAAUAGGCAAAACAUGAUGGCUUUGUUACAGGAGAAACUAGAACCAUCUAAUGGUUUACUGGACUAUAAUAUAAAGUGGUCCUUGUGUUUAAAUGUAAAAGGAGGACACAUUCACCAGCUAAUAGUGGUGGUGCCUUGACACUAAAGAUAGUUGUUUAAGGUUAAGUUAUGCAACUGAGCUAAGGAGAAGUGUUCCGCAGUAGUACAUGUAUCAUUUUAACGCUAAUGUUCAUGCAGAUUGUGUGUGUUUGCCUUUGGUGCUGUAUCCAAGAUUUAAAAUUAUUUUUUAUAUUUUCAUCAUAGGAAGUAACAGUCCUUUGAGUUACAAGUUAGAAUUGCUUUCUUUUAUCUAGAAUCACGCAGUGACUUCUGAUUUUUCCUUAUUGUUAACUACAGUUAAGAAUUAGUUUGUCUUUAUGUAAGUGCCCAAUUACUUAACUUCAGUCAUGGUCAGAACACUCCUGUAACGUCUUCCUGAAAAUAAUGACCGUGGAAAGUCAAGGAAAUUGCUAAUUUUCAUCUUGUGUAAAGUGGCAAACACUAAUCAGGACAUUGUACAGGAAGGGGCCGAACGAAGCCUUCAAGCAUCGCUUCCUUGUAUAGUUGCUGGAAGAUGAGGAAAUUAGUCACAAAUACGUAAAGGAACAAAAAUCUGCAUUGAUGAUAAUUGUUCCCCUGAAAUACUGUCAUAGAAUAUUAAUAUGGUCUUUAAUGUAAAUGUAUACAGCCUGCUUUAUUACCUUUUUGUUAUUAUGUGUUUUAAUUUGUGCAAUGGUUCUCACAGAGCACUCAACAUAUUAUGUUGUUUUAAACAGAAGAGCUUACUGGGUUAUUUUUCUGUGAGAGUAUGUGCAUUAGUUAACAGGUAAAUUUCAUUUCAUUUGGGACAUCGGAGGUGCUUUAACCAUUUGAAUAUCAUUCUUGCACUGUUAUACUUAUCACUGAGGUAUAUUUGCUUUCAAAGAGCAAUAAUUGCAUUUUAAAGCUUGCUACUCCUGCAGUUUUGUGCACAGACAAACCAUCAUGACAAUAGCUGCAGCCCAAGUUAAUGUCCCUCACUAUGCUUAGUAACCAGUUUGGUUAAAGUAUCCAUUUGAAUCUAACUUUUAAACAAAGUAUUUCUGAGCAAUAUUAACUACAGUACUAUGUCACAAUUAUUACGUGCUGCAUUAUACGAUACCACAACUGUUUCAGUGCUCACAUUAUUUAAGCCUUAAUUCUUAAGACUGGUGCAAUUUUUUGCUACGUUAAAAAUGCACCAAUCUCAAAGGUUUUUCAUUUAAUUCAGAAACACUAAUAAAGGUAUGUCCUGUGUGU